GGCCGGGGGAAGGGUUUGGGCGGCGCGCAGCCACAGCGGAAGCGGAGCUGCUGCCGUUGCCAGGAGUGAUGAAGAAGGAGCAGGUGGUGAGCUGUCAGCUCUCGGCCUGGUACCCGCUCUUCAAGAAGCUCACCAUCAGGAGUGUCAUUCUUCCACUGCCGCAGAAUGUAAUCGAUUAUUUACUGGAUGAUGGGACGCUGGUGAUUUCUGGAAGAAAUGAAGCCCCAAGUUGUUCACGUAUAGGUGAUGACAGUGAUGAAGAACAGGAUGUACAGUGGUCAGAUGAUGAGAAUGUGACAACUCUUACGGCUCCAGAAUUCCCAGAUUUUGCAGCAAAAGUGCAGGAGGCUAUAAACUCUCUUGGAGGCAGUGUGUUUCCAAAGCUUAACUGGAGCUCUCCAAGGGAUGCUCAAUGGAUUGCAAUGAACAGCUCACUCAAGUGCAAUAAUCUCAGUGACAUCUUCCUGCUUUUGAAAAGUUCAGACUUUGUCACUCAUGACUUAACUCAGCCAUUUCUUCACUGUACUGAUGACUCACCAGAUCCUAAAGUAGAUCCUCAACUUGUUCUCAGGAAAUGGUGUGAAUUAAUUCCUGGAGGGGAGUUCAGAUGCUUUGUCAAGGAAAAUAAACUGAUAGGGGUUGCACAAAGAGACCACACACAGUACUAUGAUCAUGUCUGUAACCAAGCAGCUAAUAUUCUUGGUUCGAUACUGGAUUUCUUCAGAACUCAAAUACAGUACAAAUUUUUGGAUGAAGAUUUUGUAUUUGAUGUAUACAGAGACAGCCAGGGCAAGAUGUGGCUUAUAGAUUUUAAUCCUUUUGGAGAAGUGACUGACUCCUUGCUAUUCAGCUGGGAAGAGCUGACAUCUGGACAGACCAUCAGUAAAGGAGACCUUAAGGAUCCAGACUUACCAGCCUUUCGCUAUAUAACAAGUGAAAUGACAGUACAGCCCAGUCCCUAUUUAAGGUAUCGGUUGCCAAAAGACUUUGUGGACCUGUCGCGAGGGGAAGAUGCACACAAACUAAUUGAUUUUCUUAAACUGACAAGAAAUCAAGAACCGGAAAGUUCAGAUGAAGAGGGAUAACGUUUUACAGCAACAAUCUUCAUGGGAUAAAUGCAAAGCGAAUGAAAGACUUCGUGUGGAGUUCAUUUGAUGUUCCUUGGCAAAUAUCAAUGAGAAAAUUUGAAAGCCUGCCCUGUUUCAUCUAGUAAAAAAGACUGAUGUAACAUUAUUGUAAAAAUUACAAAAUAAAUUGAACAAACUGUAGAAUAACUCUAAAUGAUAACCAUGUGUUAAUGAAGAAGUCUACAUAUCUAUAAUAAAUUUCUGUAAAAUAAAAUUUUAUAAAUUUUA